GCUGCGCGCAUCGAAACAACUGUGCAGUUGCUAACCAAUGACAAUCGGAGGAAAUAUUUCGGAGUAUAGAUUCCCAAGCAGCCGUAUUUAUACACAACCUACACAUCAUCAAACCCUUUUGCAAUGCCUGUCAGAACGCUUGGUUGUCCGUGAGCGAGAAGAUGCGUUGGUAUUCAAAGCCGUAUACCUGUAGGACAAGUCAUGGACUGAACGGGCUUUUGGACUCACUUGUGGAAUUUUAUGCUUGCCGGUGGCACGAUGCCUUAUCUGACUAAAACGCUGUUUUUACUCUUCUGUUUGGUCGUUACUGGGGAAUGCCGUAGGCUUGGACACCGAGUACGGAGAUGGACGGAAACCGUGGAGACGGCAAAGCAUGGACCAGAGACCACAAAGCAUGGCCCUUCCUUGACAAAGAAACCUCCAGAUGUGACCAAGAAUCGCAAGCUGAAGACAGAGCAGCUUCUGAAAGUAGAUGAUCAUGAUUUUACCAUGAGGCCGGCAUUUGGAGGCCCUGCUAUCCCAGUCGGGGUGGACGUACAGGUGGAGAGCCUGGAUAGCAUCUCAGAAGUAGACAUGGACUUCACCAUGACCCUGUACCUGAGACACUAUUGGAAGGACGAGCGUCUGUCCUUCACCAGCUCCACCAAUAAGAGCAUGACCUUUGACGGGCGUCUGGUCAAGAAGAUCUGGGUGCCCGAUGUGUUCUUCGUCCACUCCAAGAGAUCCUUCAUCCAUGACACCACCACAGUCAACAUCAUGCUCAGGGUCUUUCCCGACGGACACGUUCUGUACAGCCUGAGGGUGACAGUGACAGCAGCCUGUAACAUGGACUUCAGCCGCUUCCCUUUGGACACACAGUCCUGCUCCCUGGAGCUAGAGAGCUAUGCAUAUACGGAUGAGGACCUGAUGCUGUACUGGAAGAGUGGGGAUGAGUCCUUGAGUACGGAUGACCGUAUCUCCUUGUCUCAGUUCCUCAUCCAGAAGUUCCACACCACAUCUCGGCUGGCCUUCUACAGCAGUACUGGCUGGUACAACCGUCUGUACAUCAACUUCACCCUGCGGAGACACAUCUUCUUCUUCCUGCUUCAGACCUACUUCCCGGCUACCCUCAUGGUUAUGCUGUCUUGGGUGUCCUUCUGGAUCGACCGCAGGGCCGUCCCAGCUCGUGUCUCCCUGGGUAUCACUACAGUGCUCACCAUGUCCACCAUCAUCACUGGAGUCAACGCCUCCAUGCCCAGAGUAUCCUACAUCAAAGCAGUGGACAUCUACCUGUGGGUCAGCUUCGUGUUUGUCUUCCUGUCUGUCCUGGAGUACGCUGCUGUCAACUACCUGUCCACUGCACAGGACCGCAGGGAACGCAAGAUGAGAGACGAGAUGAGGGAAAGGGCCAGGUCACAGUCGCUACCCUGCACCUGUGGCAUGUCCCAGACCAGGACCAUGCUAUUAGACGGGACCUACAGCGAGGCGGACACUAACAGCCUGGCCGGCUACACCUCAGGAACUAUGGGGCCCGAGGAGGACAUGGAUAUGCCCCGCGACAUGAUGACUGAGAAGCAGCCUCCUGGAGAACACACAGUGGUCCACCUGUCUGCAAGCAGCGAGUCAACGACAACCAAGAAGAAAGGCAUCAGGGCCCUCAAUAUUAUCCAGAAUACACACACCAUCGACAAGUACUCCAGGAUGUUAUUCCCUGGCUCCUAUAUCCUAUUCAACAUAAUCUACUGGUGUUCAUACUGUUUAGGAGCGUAGGGUCUACUGUAUAGGAGUGUAGGAUCUACAGUUUAGGAGUGUAGGGUCUACUGUUUAGGAGCGUAGGGUCUAAUGUUUAGGAGAGUAGGAUCUACUGUUUAGGAGCGUAGGGUCUACUGUUUAGGAGCGUAGGGUCUAAUGUUUAGGAGCGUAGGAUCUACUGUUUAGGAGAGUAGGAUCUACUGUUUAGGAGCGUAGGGUCUACUGUUUAGGAGCGUAGGAUCUACUGUUUAGGAGCGUAGGAUCUACUGUUUAGGAGCAUAGGGUCUCUAGUUUAGGAGCGUAGGGUCUACUGUUUAGGAGCGUAGGAUCUACUGUUUAGGGGCGUGGAUCUACUGUAUAGGGGCGUAGGAUCUACUGUAUAGGAGCGUAGGGUCUACUGUUUAGGAGCGUAGGAUCUACUGUUUAGGAGCGUAGGAUCUACUGUUUAGGAGCGUAGGAUCUACUGUUUAGGGGCGUAGGAUCUACUGUAUUGGAGCGUAGGGUCUACUGUUUAGGAGCGUAGGAUCUACUGUUUAGGAGUGUAGGAUCUACUGUUUAGGGGCGUAGGAUCUACUGUAUUGGAGCGUAGGGUCUACUGUUUAGGAGCGUAGGAUCUACUGUUUAGGAGCGUAGGAUCUACUGUUUAGGAGCAUAGGAUCUACUGUUUAGGAGCGUAGGGUCUACUGUUUAGGAGCGUAGGAUCUACUGUUUAGGAGCGUAGAAUCUACUGUUUAGGAGCGUAGGAUCUACUGUUUAGGGGCGUAGGAUCUACUGUAUUGGAGCGUAGGGUCUACUGUUUAGGAGCGUAGGAUCUACUGUUUAGGAGCGUAGGGUCUACUG